AUGGCUGCCACCGGCACCAUGAACAUGCCCGCAGCCACAAGCAGCAAGCCUGCCAUGUCCAUGGGAGGCAGCGGUUGCAAGAUCUCUAUGCUUUGGAACUACAACACCGUCGGAUCUUGCUUCAUCAGCAGCUCCUGGAAGAUCACCUCCAACGGCAUGUUCGCCGGCUCCCUCAUUGGCGUCAUCCUUCUCGUGAUGCUCCUCGAAUUCCUCCGCCGCGCCGUCAAGGAGUACGACCGAUACCUAAUCCGUACCCACAAGGCCCGCUACGCAGACGCCGGCGCCAACUCUCCGAGAUCCGUCAGUGCCGACGACCACGGCAAGGGUCCCUCAGCCUCCGCUGCCACCGUCAGCUCCAACGCCGUCCCGCGCUUCCGCCCCACUAUCCUCCAGCAGGCCGUCCGCGCCUUCAUCCACGUCUGCCAGUUCGCUGUCGCCUAUUUUGUUAUGCUGCUCGCCAUGUACUACAAUGGUUACAUGAUCAUCUGUAUCUUCAUCGGCUCUUACAUCGGCGCCUUCAUCUUCCAAUGGGAGACCCUUUUCGACGAGCCCACUUCUGCUGCCAGGGAGGCCACCGUCUGUUGUGGUUGA